ACUCAGCAAGGUGUGCAGUGGGGAGGGGCAGGCCUUGGGUGCCAGUGAAUGUGGCCCCGGCCUUCCCACCUCAGAGCCAUGGGAAGCCAGGGUGCUGGUGGGUUGCUCCUGGUGCAGGCCUCCUGCAUAGUUCUGCUGCCACCACUGGGGACAAGCCAAGACUCAGAGACCCAGAAUUUCUUCCUCUGACUGCAGAGGAUGCAGGCUCUGGAGAGGGAACAGGAUGCCCUGUGGCAGGGGUUGGAGCUGCUGAAGUAUGGCCAGGCUUGGUUUGAGGACCGGCUGAGGGAGGCACAGCAACAGCAGCUAUGUGUGGGGGUCCUUGGAGAGAAUUUUCUAACAGAUUUAGGCUCAGAGCCUGGAGGUCCCCAGUUAGCUCAGGUUUAAGAGGUGAACAUCUGUUUGCAGAAUCUGAUUCAGGGGAAGGUGAACCCAGAGUCCCUUGAACAGGCUUUUUCCUGUGUCACCCAGGACUGGAGGAGGCCAAGGAAGCAGAACUUAUGGCGAUGACAGGAGUUGUCAACACAGAAGAAAGAGGUCAUUCAGCCAAAAGGGGAGAUGGCUCGGCCAGGCUUCCCCAAGGGGUGGAGGGGCCCUACCAUGUCUAAAGCCUCCUCUCAUUCCCCUCAGCUGGUGACAGAAGAUGAGUCAGAACCUUCUUAUUCUGCCUCUUGA